AUGGUGGCCGUGCUCGGCAUGUUGUCAACAGCGGAUGCCGCGGCGCUCGGCAGCAGCAACGCGAAGCGCAUCCCGCUGAUCGGGAGCUUCUCCAUGUCGCCGACGCGUGGGUGCCCCAUGGGCAGCGACGCCAUCACGACGCAGCUGACGUACGGCAACGACUGCGGGCAGUGCAACAACUUCUUUGGCAGCCCCUUCGCCGCCAUGCAGUCGAUCGACGUGCACGGGCCCAUCGCCGGCGCCCAGUGCGUCAUCACCGUGCACACCACGGCCGACUGCUCCGACCCUGGCACCGUCUCCGGCCCCGGCUGCUGGUCCCCCGAGGGCAUGAUCCGGGGCUGGACCAUCACCUGCCCCGGGGCAGACCCCAGUCAGACCUACAUGCCGCCGUGCGCCUCUAAAACGGGCCCGCCCUCGUGCGAGCCUUCUUGCAAGGGCAGUUAG